AUGCAGCCCAGUGAGAUUAGUGAGCUCUCUUAUCUAUUCCCUUCCAACCCAAAUCAAUACCUCCCUGUAAAUUUCAGCUUGAGCAAUAACAACAUACCAGCAUAUCAAUUUAGUAGGCUUUUAAACCCUCUGUACCACUUCAACAACAACACCCAGUUCCAAGAACUAAGCACCCAACAGCAGACAAGCCUCAGCAGUAACUCGACUUCAGAUGAAGCGGACGAGCAGCAGCUGAGCAUAAUAAAUGAGAGGAGGCAGAGGAGGAUGAUCUCCAACAGGGAAUCUGCCCGUAGGUCCCGCAUGCGCAAGCAGAAGCACUUGGACGAGCUAUGGUCCCAGGUCGUGUGGCUUCGAAACGAGAAUCACCUGCUCAUGGACAAGCUGAACCACAUGUCUGAAAAUCACGACCGGGAGGUCAAGGAGAAUGCCCGGCUAAAAGAGGAAAAUCACGAGCUUCGGGAGAUGAUCGCUAACAUGCAGCUCAACAGUCCGUACCCCGGUUUAGGGGAGCUUGAGGACGACCCCUGCAGUGACUUGGCCUAA